AUGACUGCGUAUAAAUUCAAACAUGCGAAGAUCACAGUCGAUUGCUAUCAACACAAGGACGUUCUGUACCAAAUCCAGGUUGCGGCUGAUUUGAUGGAUGCUAAGUCAGAGGAGGCAUUUAUGGCGUGCCUGGCUACCGAGGAAGGUGCUAACAAGAUGAUCGAGUUGAUAACGCAGUUAAACUUUGGGCCUUCGCGUGCGCGGUCCAUUCUGUAUGCGGUCGCUAAUUACUGCGGUUGCGGAGCCGAUUUGCAAUCUUAUCCGUGA